AUGCAAAGCUGUGAAAUAUGGAACAAAUGCGAAAUCUUGGUGCAGAUUAAAGAUGAAGAUUGUUAUUGGAGAAUUGGUGACGAAGAUGAUGCAGUGACUGAUGUACAAACCUUGAAGAUGAUUAAGGAACCGAUGCAUAUUCUGGAGUUUUUUGGUUUAGCUCAUAGUUAUUACCGCCAAAUUCCCCUCCAAAUCAUUAAAACUUUACACCUACUUGUGAAGCAACAACAACAGGUCUCCACAACUAACUUUCUUGGGCAUGUUGCAAAUCUUCCUUCUUCUUGCCUUGGGUCUGCAGGUUGGAAAGCUUGGAGCCGGGACAUGAAACCUAUCGCAGAAGAAACUUUGUACAUGGUUGAAUCAAAGUUUGACAAAGAGUUUGGAGGUUGCAAAAAUGGCAUCAUGAAGUCAUAA